AUGCCCUCCUCUCCAUUCUUCACCUUCCCCAUUGAUCCGCUUAAGCGCCUGAACCACUCCUUCUACCGGGUUUCCUCACCCAAGGUUGGCGAUGAUCGCCGAAAGUUCAAGAGGAAGCUCAAGUGGACCGUCGAGAACGACGAAGCCGUUGAAGAGGGGGAGGGCGUGCAUGAACUGCAGCUGACGCGUCGCUCAAGGUUCCUUAAGAUUAAAUGCGAUGGAGUCAAGCCAAUAUGUGGCCCGUGCCGCAGACACCCCAAGGACGACGAGUGCGAGUACUCUGACGGCCCUGGACGCUCUAGAACCAAAGUCUUGGAGGACACGGUGACGCGUCUUGAGGCGCGACUUCAAGAGCUCGAGAACCCAGAGGCCACCACGCCGUCUGUCACCCUUCACGACCCAUAUAACCACUUUCGAGACCCGCAACGACCUUCCAAGUCACCGCCCUUGUUUAUACCAGAAACUAUUCCAUUUGGUCCUCUAUCACCAUUUUCUCCGACGUCAACGUCGUCGAGUCUCCCUUCUGGUAGGCACUGGAACACAUUCUCAGCUCUCGAGGCGAUGACUGAAUCAACAGGGUCGAGCGGGUCAUCUACAUCACCGGCUCGACGUUUUGCCUCCUCUCCAUUCUUGGGUGCAGAAAACUUGCUCGACAAAUUUUUACCUCAUGCUGCUGAAUUUGGUUUCUUCCUUCACGUCCCAACAUUCCGUGCCUCCACUCUCCUUUCAUUUCCCUUUGGUCAUCCUUCUCGCCCUUCUCCUGCCCUCCUUAGUGUUGUCUAUCUCUGGGGCGUGCACUUCUCUCAGUCAGAGGCUCUUCUGUUGCAAGAACAUGCAUUUCUCAGCCGUGCUGUUGGCCACAUCGCGACAGACAUGCUUGGGACACACCCCAAGAGGGUUAUUCACACGUUACAGGCUGAAAUUCUUUUGGCCUACUACUUCUUCCGCACUGGCAGAUUCCUCGAGGCGAAAUGGCGCACAGGUGCUGCCGUUUCCCUCGCCCUAGGCUCAGGGCUUCAUAAAAUUCGUUCCUCAAACCUUUCGGCGCCCUCUACGAUAGGUCUCAUACAGGAGGCGGCUGUUUCUCUUCAUGAACCACAAGAUAAUUUGGAAGAAGGCGAAAGGAUAAAUGGCUUUUGGACCGUUUUCGUGCUCCACAAAGUAAUAACGGUCUCCUUGGAGCUUCCUUCAAACGUGUGUGGCGCACUUGAAGCACCCGGUAUGCAAAUUGAUACACCCUGGCCUCUGGAUGUUUCAAAUUACAGCGACGGUUUACUAAAUCCCGAGCUGCGCGGAAGUUCUACUAUUAGAAACUUUUUGGGUAACUUCCCCGUUGAUCCGCGCGCCGGAGACUCGACAACAGCUAUGGCAGUGAAAGCCUCAGUGCUAUUCCACAGAGCCGCCCACUUGACUGGCCAAUGGACGCCUAAUAUGCAACAGCGCGAGUUUCAAGCUUUUGCUGCCGCUUUCCAAUCCGUCAAUCGCCUCAUUGAGUCAUUUCGAAGCCUGUUGCCUCCCCUCUCGCACGUCGAGGUCACCGACCCUACUAUCCGCACCCUGCUGAUGACGCAUGCCCUUGCCAACGCGGCCACAAUAAAGCUACAUGGCAUAUUUUCAUACGCUGAUACAUCCUCCAAGCAAAAUUGCUUGAUGGCGGCACGAAAUAUGGUCAGCCUUGGUGGUGUCAAUCUUCAGGAAAUCGGACACAUGAACCCAAUCAUGGGGACUCUUUGGAUGAUUGCAUGUCAUGUGUUCAUCGACGAGAUCUCGCGCGUGCGGUUGAUCAACUCUUCAUGGCCCCCACCCCCGGGGUCUGAAACCAGCGAAGAGGAACUCAUGGAGAGUUUACGAAGUGGUCUGACGGCUCUGAGUCUAUAUUCCGAGGACAGCGCUUUGAUGCGAUAUCAACUUACCAAGGUUCAAGAAGCCUUUUCGGCCAUCUGAACUUUUUAAUCGAACUUCUCUUUCAUUCCUUUUUUUUUCUAAUUCUGGACCACGUUCUCAUGGAUGAACUCGACGACCUACAAUUCUCGCUCAUUUUUCUCUCAUACCAUACCCUGCACAGCACGAUAUACCUCCCACAACAUCUGUGACACCGUCAAAACUCCUUCACUGUACCACCCAUCCUACCGUCAUGUACCACGUCUCCUCCCGUCUUGUACCAACUCUCCAUCCCACAUUCGAUCUUCCCCGUAAUACCCUCUGUUGUAACCUGCUACUCAUUCAUUUUUCGACUUGUUUUCCCCGUAGCAUCAUAGACUCGCACCACACUCAAUUUCUGUAUUUAUAGUCAAGACACUUGACCGCGACGUGCUCAGCACUCGUGCGUUUGUAUUUAUAACCUUGUACGCGUACUCUCCCAUGUAUCGAUACCUCUGUUUC